GUUGCUUUUGAGAGCCAUCGCAGACACAAUACCGUCUGAUGAUGGGCAAUGCAAAAUUGGAGAGGAGGGCUGCGCCCGAAAAUGGAAGACAACGACGUUGAAGAUGAGGAGGUGUGCUCCACCACCUGGAAAUGAUUUGGUCCCAGCAAAUUUGGGCCCGGAAAGGAGGCUGUCUAUGAAAGCCGCUGUGAAGCUUUGCCGCCGUCUGAGCGGCUGCCGAGCCGUGACGGCAGAAGUAGCGGCUGAUUUUGCGCCAGAAACAGAAUAUGAAUGGCACUUCAAAACAACGUUGGAACCAUGUGUUCAAUCUGAGAGUACUCGAACCAUUGAAAUUCCCCUCAAGGCACGUGGGAAUUCCACAGCUUGGCCUGGGCCAAUGCCUGUAGCUGAACUGCAAGCGUUGAAGAUGCAGAUCGUUCAUGAGGAUCCACCCGUCGUCCGAAUUGAGAAAUUUUUGUCAGAGUUGGAGAUUGAGCACAUCAAGAGCUUAGCAAGGCCCAGGUUUGUCAAGUCAACGGUGGGGAUGACCUAUGAGGGAGGGGGCUCUCGCACCUCCGAAACAGCGUGGCUGAAUUUGGGCGAGGACGGGAAUGAUGAAACUCUCCGCAAUAUUACCUCUCGCAUCACUCAGAUCACGAGGCUGCAACAUGAGAACAUGGAGCCCUUCCAGGUAGUGCGCUACCAGCCGGGCCAGUUUUUUGCAGAACAUCAGGACUACCUGGAUCAACAAGAAGAGCAAGUUUGUGGUGGCCGCAUUGGCACUUUCUUCAUGUACCUAAAUGACGAUGUGGAAGGAGGAGAAACGCACUUCCCUGCUUGGAACCUGAAGAUCAAACCAGAGAAGGGUUUGGCCAUCCUGUGGUGGAAUGUGAACUAUACCGCCCUGCAGGAAGGCCAAUUUCGCAAAGUCUCGGAUCCCGGUGCAUCCCAUGAAGCGCUUCCAGUGCGAGAAGGGGAGAAGUGGGUAGUGAACCGCUGGUUACAUCCUUAUGACUUUUUGACACCCUAUUUUGCUGGUGAAUUGAGAUAAUCCCGCCGAAAGAUGUCUAGUAGCUUGAGCAGGUCGCCAAAAGGCAGAUUUAACACAUUUAUCCAGUUUUAACUGCGAUUUAUUUAGCCAAGAAGGUCUGGCAGAAAACUACCAUGACCAGAACAAAUCGGAUCAUCAGGAUCCAGGUAGUUCAGUUUCAGUUCUUGGCGUAGAUCAAUCCACUCGCAGAACAAAUCUCAGCAAAGCUCUGAGCAAGAACGGGGUGCAGUAGAACAUUCACCUGGCUCUAUGGAG